CUAACAAUGGUCAUUCAAGAAUCGCUGCGGCUAUAUCCACCAGUUACUGUGGUGUCAAGGGAGGCUUUCAAGGAUAUGAAAUUUGGGGACAUAAAUGUUCCAAAGGGUUUCAAUGUUUGGACCACAGUAGUGACACUGCACACUGAUCCAGAAAUAUGGGGCCCAGAUGCCUACGAAUUCAACCCAGAUAGGUUUGCAAAUGGGAUCACAGGAGCUUGCAAGCUUCCCCACUUGUACAUGCCAUUUGGGGUUGGACCAAGAGUGUGUCUUGGACAGAACUUAGCCAUGGUUGAGCUCAAGGUUCUCCUAGCCCUCAUAGUCUCCAACUUCUCUUUCUCACUUUCUCCCAAGUACAAAUAUGGACCUGCUCUUAGAUUGGUUGUGGAGCCAGAGCAUGGAGUUGAUCUCCUAGUGACGAAGCUGUGA